AUGAUUGCAAAAGAUAAUUUGCCAUUUGCAACUGUAGAAAAGCAAGGAUUUAAAACUUUUAUGAAAAUAGUUGCACCGUUAUACAAGAUUCCUAGUCGGAAAAAAAUUACGAGUCUCAUAGAAGAAAAAUACGAAUUUUUAUCGGACACAGAAAAUAUUAUUAUUGUUGUAUCCGAUAAUGCAGCCAAUAUGAAAAAGGCAAUUACAGAAGCGUUUGGUACUGAAAAACAUUUAGCAUGUUUUGCACACACUUUGAAUUUAAUUCCGUCGAACAUUAUUAAAAAUGAUGAUGAAUUGAGAGCUCAAUCAACUCUCAAAUUAAUACAAAGUGUCGAAACUCGAUGGAAUUCGACUUACGACAUGCUUGAACGAUUUAUUGAAUUGGCAGAUAAAAUAAGUAGUAUUCUUCUGAAGCAACCUACAGCACCGAUAAUGUUGACUGCAUUCGAAUUGCAAGCUGCAAAAGAUUUGUCAAUUAUUAAACCGUUUAACGAAGCCACUAAAAUUAUAUGCGGUGAACAUUAUCUUACUGGCAGCAAAAUCCUGGACAACCUCAGGGUGAACACGGACUCCAUCCUUGAGGUCGCUGGGGUCUCGAAAGGCCUCAAGGAGAGCUUAGCAAAGCUCCUCUAUGUUGUGGCUUCCUCCCUCGAGGCAGGCGCAGCGACCCUGACGGAACGCGCGGAGAGGAGGUACUACGACCCCAUAGUGGGAAGGGCCCCCUCCCCCGCCAACGCGAACACAGAAGAAAGAUAA